UAUCAUAUCUCGCCGGGUCAACUCAUGCCUAAUGUCUGGCGAGUGUUGAUGGGUAUGCAAGCUUUUGGAGAACUGAAGGGCUUCAAGGUCGAUCUUGAAGAUGUGUUGUCUACUUACACGGUUCAAGAAAAUAACACGGAGAGAGGGCGAUACCAGUUAUCCCGGGGAAAAAAGCUUCCCGAAUUGGUUUGUGGUGUUACGGAUUCUGGUUCGGCCUGGAAACAUAAAUAUUUUUUUAUGAACUAUGAUGCCCUUGGCGACCUGACGGACUAUGAUAUUCCAUCAGCUUGGUGUAAUGCCCGUGAGUAUUUUUGGGUUGAUCGGGUCAUUAUGGUUUAAAUUUCUUCUAACUUGACAUUUUUUCUUUGUUGGUUUGUUUUGUAGGACGUCUCACCGUUCCUUGGCCGGUGAGUAAUAGAAAUUUGGAGAAAAGAAGUGCACGUUUCACCAUAUUUCCUAGCGACAAGAGGCAUUGGAGUGUUAUCUUGGGAGAAGAGAGUUUAAGACAGACUACUUUGUGGAGUUCCGUCCCUCCUGGUCCAGAAGGUAUUGUUUUUCCUUCAACUAGUGCUCACUCCGAGCUUAUCUUGUCUAUUUGGGCCUCGGAGAUUUUAGGGCAUAGCGGCAGUUUUCACCCGGCUCUACACGACUUGACUUUGGAUGAACGGGCUUAUGCAGACUACGUGAUGUCGCACCCUAAGAUGAAUCUUCUUCCAGAAAAGGAUAGCUAUGAAACUUACUUGAAGAUGCGGGAGAAGAAGAAAGCGUCCGGCAGGGGCAAGAAGGGCGGUUCGGGUAGUGAGCCCGUUAGUGAAUCCGACGUCCAAGUAGUUGAACCGUCGGGGCGGUCAAAGAGGAAGAAGAAAGCAGCGCCUUUUGAGGUCCCGGACUACUCCGAUGGCUCUAUCCAUCUCACACUUCCUAGUGGGACUUCAGCCCAGACCGACUAUGAUUCAUGUGCGGAUCAUUUUGAGCGUCUGUUGCUAGAGGACGACCGCACCAGGAUGUUGAAGGUUGGCGUGGUUGAUUCUGCCAGCACUGCCGCCCGUCUUGCGUUUCAGGGCUAUCAGUAUACUCUGUUCAUGAAGGAGCAACUGGUAGAGGCGGCUGACCAGCUCAAGGUGGCUCUGAGAGAGCAAGACGCCCUUCGGAAGGAACUCGAGGAAGAGAAGGGUCGUUAUGAAACGGCAGAGAAGGAGCUGAGGGACGAGCUAUCCUUGAAGAGUCACCUGAUUUCUGCCCUUCAGUCUCAGAUAGGGCAAUUGGAGGUGACUUUGAAGGUCCGAGAGGAGGAGCUUCAGUUUAGCCAUCUUCAGACGGUCGUUCUUACCCGUGGCGAGAUGAUGAAAGAGUUCAAGGAAGGGAAAGCGGGUUCCUGGAACGUAGAGAAGGGCAUACGUGAGAUGGAGGAUGUGCUACGUGAUCGAGCUGAAGGAGUGGGAGUGGUUGAUGCCACUACUGACGGCGAGGGCGACGGGAGCGAAGACUAGACUUAUUUGUAGUUGAAACUUCAUUCAAACAAUUUCUAUUUGGUUAUGUAAUAGUAAUUAGGCUCUUCGAACUUGAUAUUAUCUACUUUUCUCCCCUAGUUUGAGUCUAGUCUCUAUUGGCUGGAUUUGGACUUGGUAUUUGUAGGACAUGUCAUUUUCCGGUAUAUCCGGCCCGAUCAGGGGGUUCGCUCUUUGAUGCUUUAUC